AUGUCAGCGUUGAACAACGAGCAAGUGCAGCAAAGGCAAGGUACGGCCGCCCAAGAUGGCGCCAAUUUAGUGAUCAACGCCACCACCGGCUUUGCGGGUCCCUCCACCAGCGAGGCUGGUGGCAUCACUUUCCCACCACUCCCCAACCGAACUUCUCCACCGGCCGGCAGCCCCGCCACUGGAGCGGCGGUGGUUACCACCGCCAUCCAGCAGAACAUAACUCCAUUGCAGCAACAGAUGGCAGAGCAGAGCCAGCUUUUGGCCUCCAUGGCCAAGGUAAUAACAGCGGGUCAAAAUCCGGCAGCCACUGUGCUGUCGCCAGCCCAGGCCGCGGCGGCAUCGGUCGCACCCGACAAGGCUAAAAGGAGCAAAGAGAAAAGGAAGAAGAAGGAAGAAAGCUCCAGCUCGAGUUCAUCAUCAAGCAGCGACGACGAAGCUCCGGAGAGAUUGCGGCGCCUGGUGGACCGAAUCGAGGCCCAACAGCCCACUGACCCGUCGGGCUUCCGCAAGCAAAUUUUCCAUGGUUUUGCCACGCAGGGCAAACUGGCUUUAGCAUUGCUGGCAGAGGAUCCGCCGAAUGUCAAGGGCGCCACUAAGGUUCUCAAGCCUUUGAUUCGCCGUGCGGAGGUCGGCAUGGCGGUCACUAACACCUUGGCGGCCGAGCCGCGCAUUGGCCUCGCUGCCGCCGACAUCUGCUUCAGCAUUUUGUGUAAUGAGGACAAGUUCCGGGACAAGACAAAACCCCGAAAAUUGGUAGACGGCGUCAAGGACCAAGCGCUAAAGCGCGCUGCCAGCCGCUCAGGCCCCAUCGCUGUGCGCCUGUGUGCGCGUCAUGACUUUGGUUGUCAAGCUGCCUUUGGUCGUGGACAAGGCCUUGGUCUUCUUUGGAGAAUUAUGGAGCGCGCUCGCGCUUGUCUUUCGUGGCCCGUCCUUCACGUCUAUGAGUUUUUUGCAGUCGCUUUCAAGUCGCAUAAGGGAUCGCACAACCUCAACCACACCAUGACCGACGCCGACGUGGACGCCUUUCUUAGCCUGAUCGGUUCAGAAACAGAGCUAGACCCAGUCGUACUAGCAGACGUGCAACGCGCGCUGGAGAGCAACGCCCAGCAAUUUGGGGAUCAGAAGUCUUCCAAGGCUGUACCGGACUUUGCAGCAGGCCAGCUCAGCGACACUCAACCAGGAAAACGGCUAGCGGUUCAGAAGGGCACGACGAGACACCCAGUGGUCACCCAGGCACCCACAGACACAGCACCAGUUCUGCACAGGAAACAACCGGCGCGGUCUGCUGAUGAUGAGAAAGAUCUAGCCGCACGUGCAGGGGCUCUGUUGGAGCCUCUGGGGGAUUGCGUCACCGCAGACCUCCAAGCUCUUGCCGCGCAGCUGGCGCAGGAGGCCCCAGAAUCAUUGGCAGCCAGGACCACCAAGGAUUACGCUACCGUAUGGCGCCAGUUCCGCAGCUGGUGGGAGGCACACAAUUUCCCGUGGGACAUCUACUCCACGCCGGGGGAACUGGUAGCCCUCUACCUUCUGGCCCUACUCAACACGUCCAGGGCCGACGGCGUCGGACCUGGCCGCGUUCGCCUUGCCAGCGCGGCCAUAAGCACCUAUUUCCGCAUGGCUGGCAAGGCAACUCCCACAGAACACGCAGCCUGCGGUAUCGUCCGUACUCUAGCAGAGAAGCGCCUCCAUGGUCGACCGCUGCAGCGUGACGCCUUAGAACCGGAAGACAUUGCGGCCCUGGCUCGCUUAGUCGAGGGCCCAGAGAUCAGCUCAUGCGGGGCCACUGGGUAG